AUGUCUUACCUUCACCUCUCCCACAUGCGCACACGAGAGCGCUCUCCUUCUCCACCACGACGCUCCAUCAUCCGUCGCGACACCAAGCGGUCUCGCUUCAUCACUCUUACGGAUGACGAAGACGAUGGCCACGACGACUACCCAUACUCCGCAAGCCACCGGCCAGUGAAGCCGUCUCGUGCCCUCACCAUUCGCGACCAACCAUCCCAACUCGAGCGCUACAACAUCUGGAGCGACAGGAACAAAAGCAAAGAGCGCGAUGAAGAUAAGACCUACGAGCGUGUACGCUCCCACAGACACCGUGAUGAAGCCCCCAACGCUGAAGAACACGACUUCCGCCUCAAAGUUGCAGCGACCUUGUCUCGCCCCCGACCAUAUUCUUCGCACCAUCAACACCACGAAGUUCAUGCUUGGCCCGGCGACAUGUUCCGCCGCAAGGAGAAGUGGAUUGAUGAAGGCUGGGAGACGCGCGAGAGGUCUCGCUCGCGGUCGAGAUCGCGGGAGGUUGUCGGGCGGAGGGACAGCUUCUGGGGUGAUGGCGGGUUUUGGGGCGAGAGGGAGGAGGCGAGGGAGAGUGAUGAUGAGAAAGUGACAAGGUAUCGCAAGAUUAAGAGGACGAAGACAGAGGAGUGGACGCCUUUGCGAGGAUGGCGCCGGAUCUAA